CGCGGAGGAAACGGGGGCGAGACAAGGGCGAGAAGAAACCGAGCCGAGAGAGGAAGCCCGGCCCGGGAAGCACCGCGAGAGGGGAACACACCGCGUGUGUGCGUGCGUGCGUGCUCGUGCGUGUGUUUCGCAUAGAUAAUCACCGUCAACAGUAGCGCGGCGGAGUAACCCGGCGCGCGCGCGGGGUGAUGUCGACGACACGUGACGCCGCUGAAUCCCGUCGUCAUCGCCGCUCGCGGAUCGAACCGCCGCCGCGCGAGGAGCGACGCGCCGGCCACCGCCGAUAUCAGCUGCCUCCGAUCGCGCUCUCCUUACUGCUUCGUCCGUGAGUGCACGCGCGAGAACGCAUUCUCCGGAUCUCCGCGCGAGGAGAGAGAGAGAGAGCGAAGACAGCGCGAGCGAGCUACGCUUUAUUAGUCCGGCGCGCGCGGGACAUCGCGGGAACCCCUUCGGUUGUUUCGCGCUCGGCGCGCUUCUUCUUCUUCGCUUCUCGCCUCGGCGCUUCGCUCGCCCGGCAUCGCCAUUGGCCAUCGGAUCAACGAGAGGAGACCGACGCACCGUGUGUGCGAAGUGAACGAAGAGCUCUGCGAGAGAAAGAGAGAGAGAGAGCGCGCGAUAAUAGCAGCCGGCGGCACGCGCGCGACCCGAGGGUUCUUCUUCGGCGAGGAAGAAGCGGAGGAGGGAAGGCAGCGUGUGCCCCGAAGGAGAGCAGCGAGACGAGCGAGGGAGAGACCAAGCGAACGUGUCAAAGAGAGCGGAAGGUCGAUGCGCCGAGGAGGAACACGAAGAAGAGAGAAAGAGAGAGAGAGCGGGGUAUCCUUCAGGUGAUACAGUGCGCGACCGGCACUCGGUGUGCCCCGGCUACGUCGUGUGUUUAUACUCGUCUCCGCGCGCUCUCCCGAAAACGAGCCUCUUCUCCUCCUCUUCCCCUCCCGCGAGGGACCGGCGAUCCGAGGAGAGGGUGAACGCGCUACAUUGACUGUGUGUGACUCCGAGUGAAGGUGACGAGAGGACUUCCUCCCCCGGCCGGCGCGAACGUUCCCCGACGACGGUGUGAAUCGUCGCCGUAUUCGAUCGCAUUCAUUUCGACGUCGCGAAAGAAGAAGACGAACGGGGAUAUUCGCACGCCGGCGAGUCGCCGGUGACAUGCACGCUCGUCCACCCCCGUCUCGUGGCUCGGCAUCGCGCACGGCACGCGGCGGGUUGACGGUGCGCGGUCCUCGCGCUACGUCCCGCUGGAUCCCGCGAUCGGGCGGCGGUACCGGCGGCGGCGGCGGCGGCACGUGGCUCGACACCGCGACGACGGCCGGCGACGGGACAGGUUGAAAAGAUGCUGGCACUCGCGAUGCGCCGCGAACACAUGACCGGGCGCAGCAAUUACGAGCCCGCGAAUCCGCUCGCGGGAUUCGAGCACCUGCAGCACAACACCGCCGGCAAUCCGUUCGCGGUGGUGCCGACCUCCGCCGGUGAGGGGCGAGUGCGCGGCGAGACUAGGGUGCCGGAGGUGGCUGAGACCGGCGAGCUGCAGGAGUUCGUGGACAUUGCGCAGGUGCAACAGCUGCUGCAGCAGCAGCAGCAUCACCAUCAGCAGCAGCAGCCGCAUCACCAUCAUCAUCACCAUCAGCAAGCGGCGGCGGCCGCUUCUUGCAUCUGGGGGGCGGUUUAUCCGCCGCCGCCGCCCGCCCUGGGAUACCACCAUCAUCACCACCAUCAUCACCAUCCGCCGCCUCCUCCGCCGCCGUCAGGCGAGGACACGCAGUGCGGUACCGAGGAUUCUGCCGCCGCUGCCCAAGCAGGCGACCCGCUCCAGAGGAUGACGAUGGACGGCAUGGAGGUGGUCGGCUCGCAGCCGCACGCAGCCACCAGCCCGUUUCUGCUCUCCUCGCCGCCCUUAGGACACCAUCAUCACCAUGCUCACGCGACCUUCAACCUGCAAACGGUGCAGCUGAGCUUCGAUGCUUGUUUACCGUACAACGCGGCCUCCUCCUCCACCACCUCGUCCUCCGGUUCGGUCACCUGCAGCAUCGGCGGCACGCCAGUGAGCGCGACCUGCACGAAUUCGUCGACCAGCUGCAAAACCGUACCCACGCUCUCCCUGUCGUCGUGCGUGCCACUGCACGCUCAGCUCCAGAUCACACCGACCGACACAGGCGCGGAGCACAAUCACGGCCGGCACCACCAUCACCAUCACCACCAUCAUCAUCGGUUGGACGAUCAUCAUCAGCAUCAUCAUCACCUGCAGCACGCCGACGCGUCGUCCUCACCGUCCGCCGAUGCCGGCGACGGCGGCAAAAGGAGCCAGUUAGAUGACGACGAUAAGGGCUGCAUACGGAACUGCAGGAGCGACCUUCACGACGCGAACGACAAGGACAAGCCCGGCGACCUCAACACACCGGUCACCACCAGCAGCGACCUACCGUCUUUCUUCGGCCCCUCUGCGCUUGUCGAACCGCCACCGAUCUCAGGCAGCCUGGCGGGCGAGGACCUCUCCCUGGAGGAGGCGACCGCGGAGGAGGACGAGGGCGGCGCGUCCGCCGGCCGGGGGGAUCAUCGGCACCACCACCACCACCAUCACGCGCAGCAGCAGGACGCGCGGAGCGGCGUCGCCGUGAGCGCGGCCUCCUCGAGCAGCCCGCCGUCCUCGCGUCACCACCAGCCGGCGGACGAGGCGGACCGCGGCGGUGGCAACGUGCUGCAAGCCGGCGUGAUCCUCUAUUCGUCGCCGCACACCGCCUCCUCCGUGCCGGCGACGAACGUCAACAUCUGCAACGUGCCGACGUUGACUUACCGCGGCGUCUUCACCACCACCUGCACGCAAUCCUCACCGCUGAGCAAUCUCCAGAGCGAGCAGCAGCAGCAGCAGCCGACGAGCCAAGAGCUAUGGGCCCCUCUACCCUCGCCGACCUUAACCUUGACAGGUCAGCCGUUCCUUCACCCCAACCUACAUUCAGCCGCGUACGGCGGCGAGACCGUCGAGUUAUUGCAGGUCGAUUCGAAGCCGCCCCCGCCGCCCGGUUACCACGACACACCGACCACCACUCCCGCGGCCUGGCUGACGGCCCACGAGGAAGCUUACGACCCCGGGCUCCUCUCUCACCCUCAUCACUCUCACGCUCACCAUCACGAGACUCAGGCGCUCAAACAGGAACCGACCGGCACGUCCGGCUACACACCUUGCGUGCAGCAGCCACAGCAACAGCAGCAACAGCAACAGCAACAAGCACCAUCGUCGGCGACCGGGGGCGGCACCACCGGGGGGGUGCAAUUGGCCGAGUAUAAUCCGAGCACGUCGAAGGGCCACGAGAUACUCUCGCAGGUCUACCAGCAGAGCGCUCUGCCGCUGCGGCUGGUGCCGGUCAAGCCGCGGAAGUACCCGAAUCGGCCGAGCAAGACGCCGGUCCACGAGCGUCCGUACGCCUGUCCGGUCGACGCCUGCGACCGCAGGUUCUCCCGCAGCGACGAGCUCACCCGGCACAUUCGCAUCCACACCGGCCAGAAGCCGUUCCAGUGUCGUAUCUGCAUGCGCUCGUUCUCGCGCAGCGACCACCUAACCACCCACGUGCGCACCCACACCGGCGAGAAGCCGUUCAGCUGUGAUCAGUGCGGCCGCAAGUUCGCCAGGAGCGACGAGAAGAAGCGCCACGCGAAGGUACACCUCAAGCAGAGGCUGAAGCGCGAGGCUUCCCACGCGACGAACCCGAGGAGCGCGCAUCCCGCGUCGUCGCAGAGCCACGCGUCCUCGCCCUGCAAUUAAAUAAUAAUGAGAGAAUUCCACGAUAACAACGACGUCGAGAGAGAGAGAGAGAAAGAGGGGAACGUCCUCCCUUCUUCUUCAACGUUGAGAUCUCAUUUCCCCUCCACCCCCUUUGUCGCACUCGGUGACAAAUUGUGAUCUGUGUUAUCCAUCCGAUUCUCCCGCAACAUCUGUCUCUCCUCUUCCCGUCUCUUUCUUUCCCUAAUUUUUUCUUCUUCUUCUUCUUCUCUCUUGAACCGGUCGUUUCCUCUCUCUCUCUCUCUUUCUCUCUCUCUCCUUCCUUCGUGAUGGCCGAUGAGGAAACCGCGGAGACCUUUAGGCGGCCAAAACCGUCACCGACUGAUCCGUCAUUCGUCGUCGUCGGUCCAUCAACUGUUUACGCUACUUACAACACACUGCUGGAUGCGAACUGACGAUAUUUUUCGCAUGCAGGGCGCAUGCUGGGCCGCGGUAAACAGUUGCUCAUUCUGAAAAUGAAUUACGAAUCCAAGGGUAAGCGUUCUUUUUUUUCUGCAAUUUUGAUCAGUCGCGAUACAUUCUCGACGUUCUCGUUUGUCGGUCUGUCUCUCGUCUCAUCGUCGCGAAAAUCGUCGCAAAAUCGAAGUACUUAGAGCAUCACUCGGAGAGAGAGAGAGAGAGAGAGAGAUACACGAAGCCUCGGGGACGAAUUCCGCGCGACUUGCGACAGAUUGCGUCUAUUAAUUAAUUCGAUCAGUUGUCGCGUGUUUUUUUUUUUAAUUCAGAUAGAAACAGCAAACGUCGCGUUUACCACGUUUCACCACGUGUCGCUUCAUGCAUCCGCAGUUUGCAUCCGGACGCGCGAAUUAUCAGAUCCGCGAGGUAUUCACCAGCGUCGUUGCCACGAGUGCCAUUGAGCAUUUCGUAAGAACAUUUUCGUACAAUCGUAUAACACGAAAUCGAUACCAGCCCCGCAGCUUCCGGGAAUCGUAGAGUGACACAGCGGAGAAUACCGAGAGAGGGAGAAAUAGAAGGAAGAAAGGGAGGGUUGAGACGGAAGGAGAGAGAGAGAGAGAGAGA